AACAUAGAGCACAACUAGAAAUGUGUGGCGUGUGGGGCGUAGAGUCUGAUAACUCUGUAUGAGCCUAUCCCUAUGACUCUAUAUCUCCGUUCCCAUUUCUUCGUCAACGCAACAGAUUGGGAUUAUAUGAUCCCCAUUCAUCUGGAGAACCAACUAUGGGUAGAGCUUUUGUGUACGUGAUCUUGGGCGGUGGAGUUGCUGCUGGUUAUGCUGCUCUUGAAUUCACCAAGAAAGGGGUUUCUCCUGGUGAACUUUGUAUCAUCUCUCAAGAAUCGGUUGCUCCUUAUGAAAGGCCUGCAUUAAGCAAAGGGUUUUUGCUUCCUGAAGCUCCUGCACGCCUUCCAUCAUUUCACACAUGUGUUGGUCUGAAUGAGGAAAGGUUGACGACAAAAUGGUAUAACGAACAUGGCAUUGAACUUGUUCUUGGCACUCGUGUAAAGUCUGUUGAUGUGAAGCGGAAAACUCUGUUGACAGCAACUGGGGAGACAAUUAGUUACAAGAUUCUCAUUAUAGCCACUGGUGCUCGGGCUUUGAAGCUUGAAGAAUUUGGCGUGAAUGUAUCAGACGCUGAAAAUGUGUGUUAUUUGCGUGAUCUUGCUGAUGCAAGCAAGCUUUCUCAAGUGAUGCAAUCUUGUGUUGGCGGAAAUGCUGUAGUCAUUGGUGGUGGUUAUAUAGGGAUGGAAUGUGCUGCAUCUUUGGUCAUAAAUAAAAUCAACGUAACCAUGAUCUUUCCUGAGGCUCACUGCAUGCCGCGCUUAUUUACCACCAAGAUAGCAGAUUAUUAUGAGGAUUAUUAUAAAGAUAAAGGAGUGAAGUUUGUGAAAGGGACAGUCUUAACAUCAUUUGAAUUCGAUUCCAGUGGGAAGGUUACGGCUGUCAAUCUAAAGGAUGGCACUCGUGUACCUGCUGACUUGGUUGUUGUGGGAAUCGGAAUCCGCCCCAAUACUAGUUUGUUUGAAGGCCAACUAUCUAUAGAGAAGGGUGGGAUCAAGGUCAAUGGAAAAAUGCAAACUAGCAACAGUUCUGUCUAUGCAGUUGGAGAUGUGGCAGCCUUCCCUGUUAAACUGUUUGGUGAAAUCCGUCGACUUGAACAUGUUGAUUCUGCAAGGAGGACAGCAAAGCAUGCUGUCAGUGCGAUAAUGGAACCUCAGAAAACUGACGACUUUGACUAUCUUCCAUUCUUUUAUUCCCGAGUAUUUGGUCUAUCUUGGCAGUUUUAUGGGGAUAACACAGGGGAGAUAGUCCAUUUUGGUGAUUAUACAGGCAAGAGCUUUGGAGCUUAUUGGGUAAAAGACGGCCGCCUUGUCGGAUCUUUCCUUGAAGGUGGAGACAAAGAAGAAUAUGAAGCCUUAGCGACAGCAACCAAACGUAGGCCUUUGGUCGAAAACAUAGAUGAGUUAGAAACUAAAGGCAUGAGCUUCUGUGCUGAAAUCUGCAAGAACUUGCCACCAUCACCUAGUGUCGGUAUUGGUGUCAAUGUUGAAAGUUGUGUUCGUAUAGCGGAGAAGCCGUUACAUGUUAUCCAUGCUGGUGCUGCGGUUAUAUUUGCUGCGUCAAUAGCUGGCUUUGCUUACUGGUAUGGAAGAAGACGCAAGAGGUGGUGAACAUAUCGUAUUAUGUAGAUACUGGAUAAGAUACUGAUGUAUUGUAACACCAUCGGUUACUGGAUGAAGAUACUGAUGUUUCAUAUAGCUUUGUCUGUGCGAUUAAUGGUGAUGCAUUCUCUUCUGUUA